CCUCCGCCGCCUUACGGCGGGCUGGGAACGCUCAGCGUCGCCGCGUCGCAAGCCGCCUCGCUCGGUAUCAACCCUGCAGCUACAUGGUGGACAAUGGCAUCCCACAUUGCGGUACAGGACUACCUGGUACGGCUACAGGCGGCAGGGGGCAUGUCAUUUGGAGGCUUGCCAGGAGCUGAGACACUUGUUCCUGGUUACCCCUUGCUGUCCGUCCCACAUACACAGCCUCAUGCUCCAACUGGAAAAUCAGGCAAGUCAUCCAGCUCAAAAACUUCAUCAUCUUCAUCAUCAUCAUCCGUCUCGGCAUCGGGUACAGCGGGACACACCGGUAGCAGUCGUGAACGUGACAAGGAUCGGUCAUCGACAACACCAGUUGUUUCUGCCACUAUCAGUCCCGGUGUAGUAAGUGAUCCAGCAAGCAUUCUCGGUGGUGUAAGGCUACCCCCAGAUACGGAAAUUAUAAAGUAUACAUCUUCAAUUGUUGGACCGAAAAUUCCUGGCACAACAAACCGUGGUCGUAAGAAGACUAUUUCGUUGGAUCCACCAUCUCUGAGUGUGAUGCCAACACAUCUUGGACCAGGUCUUAUGAUUGAGCGAGGUGGUGCAGGAAGUGGUAGCGGUGGUGGCAGCAGUGGUGGUGGUAGCGGAGGAGGUGGUUCCAGUGGAGGAAGCAGAAGGCAGCGUAAUAGGACGGCAGUGAAUACAGAACCUCUGGACUAUCGUGAGCAAGUAAUUCCAUCUGCGUCUCUGGAGCGUGAACGUGAAAGGGAAAGAGACCGAGAACGUGAGCGGGAAAAGGAACGGGAACGGGAGAGGGAACGUGAACGGGAACGUGAACGUGAACGUGAAAGGGAGCGAGAAAGAGAGAGGGAGAGAGACAGGGAGAGGGAGAGGGAGAGGGAGAGAGAGAGGGAAAGAGAUCGUGAACGUGAACGAGACAGGGACAGAGUUGAAGUCAUAAAAUUGCCUGCACACAGUAGUAAUGGAGCAGUACCCCUCAAUAUCCCGUCCUUUGGUGUAGGCUCGUUUGGCAUCUCAGGAAAUGAAAAUGAUUUACCUCUUAAUCUUUCUAUGAAACCUCAAGCUUCCACUAGUAGAAGCAACAGUGCCACAGUUAAUAGUGCCGUUAGUGGUGUGACUACAAACAGUAUACACAAUAACAGCAAUAGUGUGAUCAAUAACAACAUAACCAGCCUGUGUAAUAGCAGCGGCAGUCUCAAUCUGAGUAACUGCACACCAGUUGCUGCCCAUUCCUCAUCUCUAUCAUCACUGUCAUCGUUAUCUGCAUCUUUGGCAGCUGCAACACCUGUUCAUUCAGAGAGAACAUCACGGAGAAAACCAGGCCCAAAACCAAGGAGGGUUGUGCAGAGUCCAGCACCUGCAGUUCCAACAUCUCCAAGUCCUUCACUCAAACAGCUUUUUGCAGCAGCUGAUUCACCAAGGCCAAGCAGUGGAGGUGAAGAGAAUGAUGUAUGUAUAAAGGAUGCACGACCACGAAAUUUAGGUCGCGGAGUGUCUAAACCAAAAAAGAACACAGUGGCUUCUCUUUUAGCACAAAGCCGUGCUAUGGGGAUAAAACCAACAGCAUGUCCUGAUGUUUCACAGCUUAAUCACCAGGUUUCACUGUUAAAAUCCAAUGUGCUGGGUGUCCCAUCACCAGUUCCUAAAGCUGAGCCAGAACCCAUGGAGGAAGAUGAGUGCAGUGUUCCUGUGACAGAGGAAUGUGACCAGGUUGGGCAGCACACUCCACAAAAAGUGCAUCAAGAACCGUCACCUGCACCAGCACCGUCAGUGCCCUUAGCACAGUCUCCAGCACCAACAUCAUCACAACUACCACAGCAGCAUAAACAGCAGCAGCAACAGCAGCAACAAGAGCCCGUGCAACAGCUGGUCCAACCGCAGCAACAACCAGCACAGCUGAGCAUGUCUCAGCAUUCCCCACAGUUGCCUGCACCAUUACAAUCCACAACUCAACUGCCCUCAGUGCAAUCACUGAUAACCCCACUACCUGCCACACAACAUCCUGUGGCUCACCAGCAGAUUGCACCAUUGCCACUGCAGCAGGACACUGCACAACAGCUUGCGAACUCACCUCAGCCGCCACCACAGCAACAACCUGUAAAUGCUACUUCAGAGGAUACCAAAGAUCUCAGCAAACAUAAGAGACAUCUGGUAAGUUCUCGGUCAGAAGACAACAAGUUGAAAAUUAGAGCUGUAGAGGGGCUCAGUGAAGACAGUAGCCCUCCUGAUGUGAGCAGUGAUUCUGGCUCAGCAUCUGAUGGGUUUCCUAGUGACAGUGAAGAAGAAGCAGCUGAGGGAGAUGGGGAUGUUGCUGAGAACAGCUUCAAGAAGGAAGGAGAGUCUGCUGCUGCAAACAACACUGUCGUCAAUGUACCAGAAGCUGAGCCUCCCCCAAAGCGCCGGAAAGUUGAACGGGAGCAAGAGGUCCAUGCACUGCGAGUGCCGUUGGAGCUUGGUUGGAAGCGAGAGACAAUUCUGGGCACACUCAGUCGAGCUGGGCUUCUGCGUGGUGAGGUGUGCUACAUUUCACCUUGUGGACGCCGCUUUAGGCAGUGCCAAGAUGUUGUUCGGUUUCUGGAGAAGAAAAAUAUAACAGAAUUGUCAAGAGAUAACUUCAGCUUCAGCUGCAGAGUUUUAGUUGGGGAAUUUCUGCAACCGGUUCCUGGUACUGAUGAGAUGGUUCAACUAACUGAAGAUCAGGUUGCCCAAAAACUGCAAGAAUUGCGACAGGCUCGUAGCCAUAAAUCCCGAGCAGUUAAUGCUCAACGCUUGGAAGCAGCACGUAUAGCACAAGAACAGAAGUUAGUUCAACAACAGGAACGAGAGAAAGCUGCAUUGGCUGCCAAAGAAGCUAAACGCUUAGCUAAGGAAGAGGCUGCACGGCACAAAGAACAUGUUAGGUUUCUUAAAGAGCAAGAAAGGUGUGAGAAGCAGGAAGCUAUGAGAAGAGAGCGUGAGCAACGUAAUCUGCAAAUGAUGGAGGUCCGACGCCGACGCCAAGAAAUGCUGGAGAAACAAAGACAGGAGGAGCAGCUUCGCAAACAACAGGAACGAGAACUCAAGCGUCAACAGGCUGUGAUGAUUAAGGAGCAACUUUACAUGCAAGAGCUGAGUAAGCAGAGGGAGAUGCUGUACACGGUGGAAUUGGAACGUGAGCGUAGGAGGCAACAUAUGCUUUUAGUUAAAGCACUUGAAGCACGUAAACGUCAGGAGGAAAGAGAAAGAAAACGCCAAGAAGUAAGAGCCGAGAAAAUUGCCAGUAAGGAACGUAAACUGGAGCAACGUCGCAUAGAGUUGGAACUUGUGAGAGAAUUACGGAAACCUGUUGAAGAUAUGGAACUGACAGAUCAUAAACCAUUGCCUACACUAAAUCGAAUUCCUGGAUUGAAGCUGUCUGGUCAGGCAUUUGCUGAUACCCUUAUGGUGUUUGAGUUCCUGCAUAACUUUGGGGAGACUCUUGGAUUUGAUAUGGACAGCUUGCCUAGUCUAAACAGUUUGCAGAUGGCUCUCUUGAAUGAUGAAGAGGCAGAAGAAGAAUUACUUUCAGUGAUGACACAUUUAUUGGUCUGUGCAAUUGAAGACCCUGGCAUUCCAAAUCCUGCUCGCCAUACCACUAUACUGGGACAAUCAUUAAAGCAAGCUGAUAUUACACAUGCAAACUUAUCUGAAAUUCUGAGAAUAUAUCUCUAUGCAAAUGCUACUGGUGAGGUUAAGGCACUCACAGGGUUACAUUUUGAAAGAGAUCGAGAAAAGAAGUCUGAUCACCACAAUAUGUAUGGUGAACCCAUCCCCCAGUGUGGCAAAAAUGCUGCCUUCUUCGAACAUUUGCAUGAAAACAAUACAUGGCGCAUGUCUGAAUGGCUGCAUGAAAAGCCUUUCCUUGCUUUGAACCCAACACAAAAAGCAAGCAUAUUGUCUUUUUUAUGCAAUGAACUGUUGCAGAACAAAGCUGUUCUCCGACAGAUUGACAACUCUAUUGAAACAGUUGGACAGCUAAGGAAGGAUCGAUGGCUAAUGGAUACUAAGCUCAGAAAGUUGCGCAUGCUGCACAGUCGCAAAGUGAGGCAGACAGCCAUGCAGCUAACACCGAAACAAGACCAGAGUGGCUGUGAUGAAUCGAAUGAUACUGGUGCUGGAGAAUCCAAAGUUAAAGAAGGGGAUGAAGGAGAUGAUGACAAUGAAGAUGAGGCAGAUGAUGGAGAGAGCGGCAAUGAAAGUGAUGGGACGCAACCAGAAGAGGAAGAAGACAAGAAUCUGACUGCUGAAGAACUGCAUCGCAAGAUGGAACGUCUGUCUCGUCAGAGUGAUCAUUCCUUGCAGGCACUGAGUACGUCAGCUCAGCAACUAAGAGCCACUUGCUUUGGCCAGGAUCGAUAUUUUCGACGAUUUUGGUCAUUGCCAUGUGCUGGUGGCAUCUUUGUGGAAGCUAUGGAGUCUGCUGAGCCUGAUCUUUACAAUAAAUAUGUUGAAGAAGCUCGCAGUAAACAAGAAAGUUGUGAAUCAGUGCCUGGGAACAGUUAUACGGAUGCUCAGACCAGUGAAAAUGCGAUGGAUAGAAUAAAGGAUGAAGAGGUGGACAAGACUGAAACUGAGCAUAGAAAAACACAGAUAAGUAAUGUAGAUGAAAAUAAAGAAAAACCCAAUGAAAUGAAAAUGACAUUUACUGAGCAGAUGGAUAACAACUCAGUUACACAUGUGACAGACAAUUGUCAUGUGAAAUUGGAAGAAAAUUGUAGACCUGAAGACAGUGAAACUAAAAGGUUGUCUUCUUCAGAAGGGUGUAUUGAGUCUCCAGUGAAAGUGAAUGAAGGUAGUGAAUCUUUGUGUGUGAGUGUCGAUUCGGAUAGCUCAUUGAAAAAUCGAUAUACUGUUCCUGUUGCUGAAAAACUUUCAGAUGGAUGUCAAGUCAAAACAGAAACUCCUGAAGAUAGUUUGAGUGCUGUGAAAAUGGAAAUUAAAAGUGAUAUGUUUAAUAGUGAGCUAAAAGACAUGAAGAAAGAGAAUAAUACUGAUACUGUUAGGCAUGGCAAAAAGGAACAAUAUCUCUUUACAGUGAAACAUCAGACUGAAGAUGAUGAUGAAAAACCACAAAGCAGUUAUCUGGACCAUGGACAUAUUCAGUUUGAGCAUCUAGGUGAAUGCAUGGAAAAGGCAAACAGUGAAAUACCCCAAGUCAUUGUCCCAAAUGGGGAUAAAUUCAAUGCUAUAAACCACUUGUAUAAUCUAAAUUCAUCAAACAUGUUCAACAAUGGAAAGGAUCUCAAUGGUAGUUUUCUACUUAGUGGAGGUGCUGGGAAUGUAACAUCUGAGAGAACGUGGUUCAGUAUUCUACCAAGAGAUGCAUGUGAUUCAAAUUCAGUCACAAGUGGAACAAUCAUGCCUCGAUGUGAUACAGCUACAGAGUUACGCAUACCUGUCUUUCCACCACCUUCAAGACUUUCUUCUCCUUCACCCGGGGGUAGUCAGUGUGAGUCUCCAGCACCUUUAAUAUUAACAGCAGAGGAGAUGGUACAGCUGGAACAAAUGAAGAAAAUGAUGCCUAUGGAACCUGCACAGGCCAAACCUGUACCUGAUGAACUACAAAGAGGAUGGUGGCGUAUCACAGACAAGGAUCAGUUACAGACAAUCUUAGAUAACUUGCAUACUAGAGGUGUCCGUGAACGUGAACUCAAGAGGGUAGUUGGGAAAUAUAUGGAACAUGCACUGGAAUCUUGUGGGAAGCAAAUGGAUCGGAUGUUCAUUUCUAGUGUGUGUGUUGCUGGAGGUGAAAAAGCUGUGACAGAUCUGGCAAUCACUGACAUGGAUCACAAAAUCGCAGCAUUACCUGGUGGAGCACCUCUGCGAGAUGAGCCAGAUCAAUGGUACCCACGAGUAGCACUUCGUGUUGACUUGCAGAUGCUGGAACAGCUUGAAGUACUUGAAGACAAGGUAGCUAAUGCCAGCAUGCAGAUAAAGGGAUGGAAGGUCCCACCGCGGAUUACUUCAGAUGAGACAGCUGUGUUCAGACCAUCGUGUUUACCAUCAGAUGUUGAUGAAGCAAAGACAAAUCCAGUCGAGAUCGCAAAAGAACGUCUCAUUUCCUUAGAAGCUGCAAUUGAAAGAAGAUACUUAAAGCCUCCACUCGGUGUGAGCUCAGGGGAUGUAAACCUGUCUGGCAUAUCUGGAGAUACUCUAACCUGUGAUGACAGCAUCCCCAAGGGGCUGGCCGUGUGGCGGGAGGCUGUGGGGCGUGCUCACACAUCAGCACAACUUGCGAUGGCUCUCUACAUGCUCGAGGCCUCCAUCGCUUGGGACAAGAGCAUCAUGAAAGCCGUGAGUUCGGUUACAUCCGCAUCCGGCAAAGGUUCUAGUAACUGCCAGUUUUGUCAUAGUGGAGACAAUGAAGACAAGUUACUCCUGUGUGAUGGAUGUGACAAAGGCUAUCACACAUACUGCUUCAAGCCAAAAAUGGAGAACAUUCCAGAAGGGGACUGGUACUGCUUUGAAUGCAUGAAUAAAGCAACAGGGGAACGAAACUGCAUAGUAUGUGGAAAAAAGACGGGCAAAAAUCUUGUAUUGUGUGAUGUAUGUCCUAGAGCAUACCACACGGAUUGUCUUCAGCCUGUAUUAAGUAAGGUUCCACGAGGGAAGUGGUUCUGUCCAACUUGUCAGUCAAAACAACCAAAGAAGCGAAACAGCGGCCGUCGUUCAGGUGGCCAUUCUAAACCACGCGAAAGUGAGAGUAGUGACCAUGUUCCAGCAAGUCCACCAGCAACUCCAGCUGCACCGAUUGAAGAUACUUCAUCUGUAGCUCCAAAUGCUUCUCCACCUCAAACAACGCAAAAUACAACAAGUCAGAGCAAGAAGGACAAAAGUAGUGGUUCAUCAAGUAAAAAGGUUGCCAAGGAUCUCAAUCCAUGUCGAGUCCUGCUUGAGGAUUUAGAGGCACAUGAUGAGGCAUGGCCAUUUUUGCUGCCAGUGAACACUAAACAGUUCCCAACGUAUCGAAAAAUUAUAAAGAAUCCAAUGGACUUGAGCACAAUCAAGCGGAAGCUCCAGGAUUCAACGUACAAAUCUCGUGAAGAAUUUUGUGCAGAUGUGAGGCUCAUUUUUAACAACUGUGAAACAUUCAAUGAAGAUGAUUCUCCUGUUGGAAAAGCUGGUCACAGUAUGCGUUCAUUUUUUGAGACCCGGUGGAGUGAACUGAAUGGAAACCAUCAAAAACCGAGCACUACUACUUCAACAUAAAUUUAAAGCCCUGUACUAAUGUGAAAAUGAAAUGUGUGUGCGUGUGUGUUAUACUGUUUUAAUGUGCAGACCCGGUUCUCGUGUUACUGUGUCUUUAACUUGAAGGAAUACAAGGUAUUUUCUGUGAUCUGGCGAAAAAAUACACGAACAACCUUUUUAUUAAGUCACACUUCUGCCAGCAGUGUUCUGCAAGAUACAAUUAGUCAUUUUUUUUAAAUUCUGAUGUAAUAUUUAAAUCUGUUGUAGUGAAAUGCUACUGUAAUAUUAAUUGAAUUAUUUAUUCAGUUGAUAGUUUUCUGAAAUUAGAAAUGCUUGGUGGACUUGUAAUUCAGUGCACUAGUGUGUUUAAGUAAAACAUUUUUAAAUACUUUUUUAAAUACGAAGUGUGAAUCAAGAGUGAAAAAGACAAUGUGAAUGGCCAUAUCGAUGUGCAGAGUAUAUUUUGACUCAUUACAUUAAGUAUUUUUCUGGUGACUGAUAUGCGUCUCGUAUACCUGCUUAAUUUCCCAGUUUUAGGUUUAAUAAUUCUACAUCUGCCAUAUGUGAUAGGCAGACAAAAAUGUUUGCCCAUAAAUGUUUAACUUGUUUUAAGGUGCGUAUAUAUAUGAAUAUAUAUUUUGUAUUUACUCUUUUGUUAGAAGGAUUCCAAAAUUUAAAUGCUAAAUGUGAGAUUCCUGUUAAAACUGCUUUGUUGUCUUCAGCAUAACCAUUCCAGUGAAGCAUCAUAAUGAAGUAAAAUAUAUUCUACAUGUAAAAACAGUCAUUGUAGAUAUGCGAGUCCCUGUGUUGUUUUUAAUUUGUAAAAUAAUUGAUAAUUUAUUACUUUUUGUGUAAAUAUUUCAUUUUAUCAAAUCAUUGAAGUAACUGCAUAUGUCCAUGACAGUUCUGAUUUAUUUCAUAGUUGCAGAAACAAAAACUCAUUCUUUUUAGUUCAGUAUCAUCCAAGAAACCUUUAUUCAUAGAAUCUAUAUUUUCUGUUAUCUUAGUUUGCUGAAAGAUUAUACACUUAUGAACACAGAAAGUCUGGGUAUAAAUUGUUGUUCAUUGAUACCUCUCUGCAUUCCCUUGAGAUGUAACUAGUGAUCCAACACACUUGCAGUAAAAUGUGUAUAUAAAAUAUUAUUUCAAAGUACAAUUUCAUAAUUAUUUGUAGAAGUCUUUAGCAACAGAAUUUUGUGUGGCUGUUACGAAUAUAUGUCACUUUAUUUUGUGACUGCUUUUUGCUCAUUACUGUUACAUUUAAUUCAGAAAUGGAAGCUAUGUAUACAGAAUUUCAUUUAUGACUGUCUUAAAUGAAGAACCUCAGCAGUUAUAUGUUGUGAAGUGAGAUGUGUCUGCUUGCAGAAUCCUAUUUUCCCAUUGAAAAUAAAGCAAUGUAAAGCCAGUACAAUUUCAAAAUAUAUUGAAGUUCACUACAGUAUUAGUUUUAUGUACUGCUCCAUAUUAGUUCUGGCAAUGAAGCAGUUAUUGUAGAGCAAGGAAAUGCUGGUAACAUAAAACACUUCUACCUUGUGGAUGUAUGGAAAAGUAGCAUGCUAUUGUUAAAUUGUAAAUGUAUAUAGACAUUGAUGUUAUGUAGCUGCUGUUAUGUCACAUCUGUUACAGUGUGUUACAUUGUUAUACAUACAUUUAAUUUUUCAUGUUGAAGGUUGAAUUUACUGAGAUUUUUGUACAGCUGGACGGAAUCUGGAUUGAUGCAGGUGUGCUUAUUUUUCUAUCUCUGUGACUUUAUGCCGUACUUGUGUAAAAUAUAUUGAAUAUGGCUCAUACCUAAUACUCCUUUCUUAAAAUGUAAAAAAAAAGAAAAAUACUAUGUAAGUAAGGUUCAUAGCAAGAGUUCACAUAUGGGCGGCAUUUGAUAAAAUUUUCAUUUUAAAUCUGCUGCUUACACUGGGGAGGACUGAUGCACUCUUUCAUUAAUCUGCAUAAUUUGCAAGAAAUUGUAGAGUGAAACUUGAGCUUCCUUUACAUUUCAUAUCCUUAAAAAUGCUUAGAAAAGAAAUCUGGAGUUUUUUCCUUAGCGAUGCAUAGUGGACGAAUAAGUUGAAAUUUUCUUUCAGUUAACCAAAUACAUAUUGCCACAACAAAGGCACCAUGAUGGGUAAUAAAUUUAAGAGCAGUAUGUGUCACAUUUUGUUGCUACAAAUUUGUUGUGUGACACUAUUGUUUUAAUUUCUUCCAUGAUUGGUUAAUGUUGAUGCACUGGAUGUUGUUAUACAUCGUAUUCACAUGCCCCUUUUCAAUUUGAGAGAAAGGGGCAUGUAGCUAGGUAAUAAAACAUAAAAAUCCAGUAUCAGAUUCAUGAGUGGUUAGUUUUAACAUUAUGAACAUCGUUUCCAUUAUUUUGGUACUUGUUGUGCCUUUUCAUGCUUAUACUGUUACCUGAUAAUGCCGCAGGUAUCAACAAAGUCUCAGUGUUCACUACUUAGCAGCAAAACACCUAAAUGCUGUGAGCAGUCCCCCUUUUUAGGCGUGAUGUAAGCCAUGAUAAAUGACUAGGCUCAUAUACAUGAUUUUGCCUUACCAGAAGGAACACUUUACCAUCAGAUAGUUAUUUACUGUUGUUGGGGACUGUACAUGUAAACUGAGAUGAGAUAUUCUCUGCUUGUACUGUAAUGAGUAGUGUUAGAAAUUUGAUUUUAAAGGCCAUUAUUAAUACUUUAUGUAGGUUUAAUGGCAGAUAUAUGAGGCAGUAAGAAGUUUGUGCAUCACUUUCAAUUGCAAUGAAAGGAAAAAGUUUUUUGUUCUAACUGUGGUACUUACUUGAGGUUUAGUGAAGCAACAGUUACGGUAAAUACCUACCAUGUAUUAGUUUCAAUACCAAAUCAUUUCAACAAUGGAGAUUUCACUGAAGUAAUUUGGCAAUGGAUAAAUUUUUCCUUGUGGAUAUACACUGGAGUAUUCAUGAAAAUAAAUCACAGACAGAUGGAUUUUUCAUUUUCAGUGACUGGAGACUAUUAUAUCUUUUUAGUGCACAUUAUUUUGACAGUAAUCAUGUAAAAAAAAAAACUUCUUGGUUUUAUAGGGGCACAUCAAAAUUUACUACCACGUCCUUGCUCUCGAGGUUACACAUGAUAAUCUCAAAGCACUUUGUCCAUCCACAAGUACAACUGAAAUUUAGGGAGUGGUGCUAUAAGCUUUUAAGUAUGUAGUAUUUUAUUUUCCAAAUUUAAGGAAAACAAUCACAGAUUGUGAAAUUGUGCUUUGAAAUGUUGAGUUGAAAUGAUGCCACAGCUGAGAGUUCAUGAGAACUUGUGAUUUUUGUACUACUGUUUUGUUUUCAUUGUAGAUGGUUUCUUUACAUUAAAUUUUCAGUUGAAGUUCUCAGGAAGAAGAAUUUACUCCCAAUUUCAUUUCUCUUAUUUUGUAAGAACAAGUUAGAUGAAUGAGUUUUAUAAACCAAAAUGCAGUGUGCCUACAAACACCUUUUGCACAGAACUUCUACUGUGCUGCCUGGUAUUCAGUGAUAAUGUGGAUAUUGUCACUGUUGUGACAGGAACUCAGAAAGUGUUGAUUAAAAGAAAAAAGAAUAUAUAAUAUAUAUAUAUAUAUAUGUGAAUAUAAAUUGCCAAAUAGACUGUAUGAAGUGAAAUAAUUUUUUUCUAAUGAGAUACUUAUGGGCAUUUAACUUGUGACAAAAAAGAAGUUGUAAAUAUUUAUUUUUUGGUGUUUUAUAAUUUCUGCUAAGGUAGAUCCCACUUUUUUUUUUAAGUAGAACACCUAUAGCCGUUAAUUGUUAUAUUUCCCUGUAACCUUGUACCAGACAACCUGCAUCUGAUUACCUGCCAUUCUACAUCAAGUCUGUAAUGGAAGAGUCAUUUAAGAAUAAUAUUGUGUGUGAAAUAUUUAAUAUAUUUACUUAUGUGAGAGUACAUGAGGAAAAUGGGAUAAAUAUCUGCAGAUGAAAUGUUGACUCCUGAACUGAAAAGUGUAAAUGUUAAUAUAUGAAAUGAUUUUCAAAAUGAUUUAUUAAAGAUGAUUAAUUAUGUGUAAA